GCAGUUUAAUAAGAGUAAGUAUUGAGGAGCUGAAAACAAUAUGGGCAAAUUAGAAAAUAUAAUUUCCAUCUUUUGCGCUGCUUUUGGGUUGGUGUAUUUAGCAGCAGUAGAAGCAGAAAGAUCUCCGAUUAAAUUGGCGUUUGAUGUAUAUUCACCUCCCACUGAAGAAGGUAUAAAUUUCCCUCCAAUUAUUUUAGUUCAUGGCCUAUUUGACAGCAAAGAAUCAUGGAAGCACAUCGCUCCAGUUAUAGCGAAUGAAACAGGCAGAAAGAUCUAUGCAAUUGAUCUCAGAAAUCACGGAGAGAGCCCAUGGGUGGAAGAAAUAAAUUUCGACGUCAUCGCUGAUGAUUUGGAGGGCUUCGUUAACCAGCAUAACAUUUCAAAAUCUGUGUUGAUUGGCCACAGUAUGGGAGGUAAAGGAGCGCUAACCUUCGCCUUAAGAAAGCCAGAGAAAGUAGAAAAACUUCUAAUUGAAGACAUCCCAGUAUCGAACAUAACAUUUAUUCCUCAAGGUUUGGCACGUUUAUUGCUUAGAUUACUCAGGAAAAGUUUACAAGUCAUUCCUCCUGGCACGGAACAAAGAGAAGCUCAAAAUAUAUUCACGGAAUUCAUCAAAGGGAAAUUGCCAGAUGAAAUUGUCCCUUGUCAAAUGAAAUACUUCGAUUUGCUUCCAAUCAAACUCAGCGAAGGAAAGUAUUCUUGGAAGACGAACAUCGAUGCAAUAGAAAGAAAUAUUAUGUCUGGAAAUGGAAUUACUACGUUUGGACAAGAUUUAUCUUCUUAUGAGCCUUAUCCUGGUGAUGCUUUGUUUAUAUACGGAACAAAAUCGGUGUUCAACGUAGAAAAAGACGAACUUAUAUUAAAGUAUUUCCCUCGCUCCACGAAACUUGGCUUUGUAGGAGCAACUCAUUUGAUACAUCAGGAGUAUGAAGAAGAUUUCAGUCGAGAAGCUAUCCACUUCACCAAUGGUCGUUUCAAACCGAAGAAGACUAAAUGUGAAGAAGAUUAGCUGAUAUAAGGACGGCAAUAUAAUAAAUAUAAAAUAUAAUGGCUUCUCUUUUUAUUU